UCAAUCCGCUAGAUCUUCUCUUUCUUGUAAUGCAGGUGUCCUUCUUCCUUCGUUUAACUGCCGCGACGGCGUCCCUCUUAAGCGUUGUCGCCUCCUCAUCAGGUGACGAGCCCCAUCGUGUCUCGGUGUUCGACGCGACAGUCUCCGACUUAGCGCCGAAGCCGCCGGGCGCCUUCGACAUGUACAUUCUGGCGCAGAGCUGGCAGCCAGCCUUCUGCUUCGGCAAGGAGCAGGAGUAUCCAGGCUGUCGCGCACCGCAGAGCUAUUGGCGCUCCCAUCUAACCCUGCACGGGCUGUGGCCUGAGCUGUCGGGCAGCGCGCCGCCCAGCUUCUGUUCGGGCGAGGCGUUCGACGCCGGCCGCAUCGAGCGCGAGCUUGGCAUCGACACGCUACACCAAUACUGGCCUGAUGUCAAGUUCAGUGAGGCGUCUCCACAGUACGCGGACUUCUGGAAGCAUGAAUGGACCCGUCACGGCACAUGUUCGGGACUCAAACAGGUCGACUACUUCACACACGCCAUUAACCUCGAGCGCAACGAGACGCUCGCGCCCACGCCACAGUUCGUGCAGGACAAUGCCGGUCGACAGGUGGACGUCAAGAAUCUGCGUGAGGCGUUCGGUGACGCGGCACUUAAAUGCCAGCACUCCAAGCGCGUUACCAUGUUCUCGCAAGUCUUCACCUGCUGGCAGAAGGACGCGAAUAACGUGCCGACCCAGCGACGCGCCUGUCCGGCGCAUAUCCACUCGGAAGACUCGUGCGGCAAAGGCAGUGUGACCAUCCCAGCCUUCCCUGCGGACGACUAGCGAGGCGUCAAGUCAAGCCGGCCGGUCGACUCGGAAGACAAAGUGCAAGUCGGGCUCUGACUACUUCAUGAUAGUCGGUCCACGAAUGCACGUCAUGCAUCUGCACGACUUGACCUGGUAGACGUUGCUCCAAACUGUGUAGGUCUUUCCAAAACGAAUCAAAACAUGUACAGCGUUUCAUAUCGA